AUGAGCACAGCGUCACCAGGCUCGGGAUCUCCUCUUCGAGAUCCCUCGGACGCUGUGCGGAGUAUGAGCCAUACCCCUACGGGCUAUGAGAAUAUCAAGCUGGAACAUGACGCGUUUGGCAUGCUUCCUCCUCCCGGAGCAGCACCAGAUGCUGGAUCUGGUCACGAGUCGAAUCUUACAGGCAAUAAUAUUCUGAACCAAGCGGGCAGUGGUGGCAGUUCUAGUAGUGGGGCGUCGAAUAUGGAUAUAUUCGCGACACCUAAGAACGAUAGAACACUGCCGUCGUCUCUAAUAGCGAGUCUGCUCGAUCCACUGACCGAGGUUCGAAAACCUACUUUAGAAAGAUCUUUAGAUGGAAACUCCAUGAGUCUGAAUAACGGACUGGGAAGUACGUUAAUACUGCCAGGACGAGCAUCAUCCAUGCCUCCAGAAACCCCCAGCAGCAUCCGAGACCGCGAGGCCGCUGGGUCUGGAGCGUUCUCGACUCUGGGAUCUCCAUCCUCGUUUCCACUGACAUUUGCCAGCAGCCAAGCACAAGUGAAAACCGAAUCCGGUUCUAACACCAACCCGAAUACGACCUCAUCCGAACUAUCAGCGGCAAACGCCAUUACCACGGGGUCAACGAUACAUCCUACCGGAGACAAUUCAACCAACAACCACAACAAUAACGAGCUAGACAUCGAUGAAUCGGCCCGAGUAUCGGCCUACGCACGACUCGACUUCGAAUCGUUCACAUUCUACGUGCAAACACUGCAAGUAAUCCUUGGCCGGCGAGCAGAAAACGGCACCGGCAUGGUCGAUGUCCACCUGGGGCCUGCCAAAGCCAUUUCCCGAAAACACGCCAAAAUCUUCUACAACUUCGGCACCCAACGCUUCGAACUAUCCGUCAUGGGCCGCAACGGCGCCUUUGUCGGCGAUGUCUUCGUUGAAACCGGGUCUACUGUUCCACUCAGUGACGGGUAA